AUGUCUUUGCGGCAUAAAACAGCUCUAGUAUAUUCUGCUUCAUCCGAUCUUCAAGUAGAUCCAUUUUCUGCAUUGUUCCCAUUAACUGUUAGGCUGGUUGUAUGGAGUUUCCCAAAUUGGCAUCAAUAUGUAUUGGAUUUUACGUUAUUCCAGUGUCGUGAGCUAAGUCUUUUAUUUGACAGUAUGGUUAAGAAAAGCAAGAAGCAUCAUAAAAAAGUCAAAAAGGUCAAAAACAAAGAUGUCGUUGUUGCACAAACAUUGUCAUUGGAAACACAGGAGGUCCCCACUGGCGACAGUAUAGAGUCCAAAGUUGAGGUACAGCCUGUGAGUGAGCUUAUUAUAUUAUGGCAGAACUCGAAAAUCGAAAAUAUUAGCAGAAUGCCAGGAGGAAACCAGAAUGAAGCGUUCACCGAAAAUGAAAAAUUGAAAAAUCAUUGGGUAUUAGUAUCUGAUUAUCAUUGUAAAGGUGAUGAGAAGUUUUUGAAAGAGAACUAUCGUGGAGCUUAUGUUGAUUUAUUAUGUGCGAUGAAGAUAUUAAGCGAGCAUGGAAAUAUCAAUGAUGAGUUUGGAAGAGAUAUGAAAAUGCUGCGAGUGUUCCAGGAUAAAUGCUGUAUUUGUUUAUGGGCACUCUUUAAGACAGAAAAAAAUUUGAGUUGUCUUACCAGAUGUUUUGAAUGUUACAACCAGUUAAUCGAAAAAGAUCCCUCUCAUGCUUUUUGGUACAAAAGACGAGCAACUCUACUGCGCUGUGAAUGCCAAAAUUUUAUAUCAGCUUAUAAAGCAUUAUUAGAUUUUGUGUUAUUUACGGCACUGAUGAAUGACCACCGUUUAAAAUUGACAAAAGAGGAAAUGAGCGAGAUCGCCAGUUGCUUUCAUGAAACAGAGAACAUGGCAUGGUCGUUAGAAAAGGAGAAAAUAAAGACCAAAAAGCCUUUCCUAACAUCGGAUUGGAUAAAUUUAUGGGCUUUAUGUCCAUGUGACGAUAUAUUACUCCAGGAUUUGUUAUCUAUUCGUAAUGAAGACGUAAAUCCUCAGAAUAAAUCCACACUCGUUGAAAGUGCCUAUAAGGAUGCUCUGAGGCAAAUUGCUCGAGGAUACCACAGUAUGGCUGUUGAUACAUUACUUGGUGCAUAUGCACAAGGUCAAGGGAUUUAUAGAUCUGAAGCAUUUUUGCUGCUCUCCUUAAUUUAUUCGCAGUUGAAUGGCAGUGAGGUUCAUUGUUAUUUGGAUACUUUCGUAGAUAUUUGGCGUAUUGACCAGUACACUGUGCCACUUCCUCGACGAAAGAAAAUUUUUAUGCGAUACAUAAGCUUAUCGCGCGCUAUGUCAUUAACACCUUUUCAGAAUCUCGACUUAUCAAUGUUCUCACCCCAAGAACAAGCACACUUUUAUACACAGAUGGCGCUCACAACAAUCUUAACCUUGAGAAUUUUGUGUGGUUCAGCAGCAACGCGGUUGGCGCUGAAUGAACUGAAUUUGACGAAGUUGGAGAUUAUAGAAAAUUCAUGUGAUCGAGCCAUUAAGGUCGACAAGAAAUCUUGGCAUGCUCGUAUACUAAGAGAAUAUACGGUGAUGGAGAUAGCACAAAUUGAUAACGCAGGCAAACAUUCCAAGUGCGCAUUGGUUUCAUUUAUGGAUGGUAUUAAAAGAAUUCAGCACCAAUUCAAACCUGAGCAUCACUCUUUUGCCUUAUGGUGUCUUUUUUCUGCUCAUUUUAUUAACCGAGACACUGAUGAAGCAAUAAAAUGUGGUCUGGAAUUGAAGAAAGAUUUGUUAUAUCCUGGUUUUGUUGUAGCUUUUCUUAUCAAAAAUGAAUAUACUCUAAGAGAAAAUAUCGAUACGGAAGAUAUUCUAAAUCGCAUAGCUGUAGCCGAAGAAGGACUUGAAUAUGACCCAGAAAAUUUCCGUUUACAUUUAAACAUUGCUACUUUCUACGAAUAUUUAAAUUUCAAAGAAGAAGCAUACAUGAGUGCAAGUUUAGCUGCAAAAUACUGGCCAGUUCACAUCAUCCCAGGGCAAUUGAAACCUUUGAUAGGCAAUAUGGUCAUAAUGGAAGCUGUCAUGGAAGCUGAAAAGAAACUCAGAAACAUAAAAACCUUUAUUGAAAUGGAGCAAGAACUGGAGAAAAAAUCAGAUACGGAACCAAAAGCCUCUGACAGUGUUAGCGGAACGUGUGAAAAAGAGCACCCAACAAGUUUCAAUAGUGAAACUAAGAUAGUAGAUAUGUUGGACCCUCCUGAUUUAUCAACUGACAAAAAAAAAAACGACAUUCUAGAUCCAAGCAAACACGGAUGUGCCCAAAAGAUGGGUAACCAAUAA